CUUAGGCCCAAGGUCUGCACUGUAAGUUCCCAGGCCCUCCGUGGUCCUCUAUCCUAGCCGCACAGCUCUGCUGCUUUGCCCGCGCUCCUCAAGAGAAAAAGGCCUAUGGGCGAUCCACCUCGGGUACUGGAGCACGCAGUUCCUCGGUGGGCGUCUGCCUGGAACGGGGUAUGCUCCUUGGGACCCUAGAACGCCGCGUUAUAGCAGGGGCGCGCGCGCCACCUAGCGACUUUGGACUACAGAGAGACCGCUACAGGAGAGCCAGAUUCUGAGCUGGCUCUGUCAGGGCUGACAAGAGGAGAUCCACGCCUGGGAGGUGCUCUGGGGGUUGGAGGUGUCCAGCUUCUAUGGCUCAACAUGACUGGCCUGGGACGUCCGGCCUUGGGGCGGAGUUUCCUGAGCAAGGUCUAAUUCAGGGAUGAAGACAGGACUCUGCCCUGCCCUGCAUACUGCCACCUUCUUCCUGCUCACCCUUAGCCUAGGCAGAAGAAAUGUGCUGGGACUGGAAGGAGGUUCAGACAGAUUCCAUUAGACUUGACCUCACGGAGAAAAGGGACUAGGAACUAGGAACGAUGGAUCCAGUGUGAGGUACUGACCAUUCACUGGGAUGGACCUGUUCCCAGCUCUGGACCAGGCCCAGCUUCUCAACUCUGGACUAAGGAGAGAAUCUUGGAACAAGAGCAAAACACAUCGCUGCUGAGAUCUCACCUUUCUGCCUCCGGUUCUCCAACAGGAAUUUCAUCCACCUGGAAAGAGAGUGGGGUGCGUUCACGACCCUGUUUUUGUUGGCCUUUAACUUGUUCUGAUAUCUUGGGCCAACUUGAUCACAUCUCACCCUCCGGUUUUUGUUUUGUUUUUGGCAACAGUGGACAUUGGCCUCUGGAGCCUGUCGUAGGCAGACAGUGUUGAGAGGCACUGAGGACUGAGCAGCCAGGACUGUGUGCUGAAGUCACCAUGUCCACCAAGGUCCCCAUCUAUUUGAAACGUGGCAGCCGCAAAGGCAAGAAAGAGAAGCUUCGGGACCUGCUCUCCUCAGACAUGAUCAGCCCGCCACUUGGGGACUUCCGUCACACUAUUCACAUUGGCAGUGGUGGUGGAGAUGACAUGUUUGGGGACAUCUCCUUCCUUCAGGGCAAGUUCCAUCUCCUUCCAGGAACAGCAGUGGAAGAGGCUGAGGAGGAUGGCAGCUUCGACCUUCCCUUCCAGUUUACCCGCACUACCACGGUGUGUGGGCGAGAGCUCCCUGGCGGGCUGUCACCUUUGCUCAAAAAUGCCAUCUCCCUUCCAGUAAUUGGUGGACCUCAGGCCCUCACUCUGCCCACAACCCAGGCUCCACCUAAGCCUCCGCGCCUGCACCUUGAAUCACCACAGCCUUCUCCAAAGUCCUCCCCACAGGAGGCAGGCAAUGUGGACAUCUGGAGGGUUCCAGAGGCUGGCUUGCCCCACAAUGGGAUGAGCCCUGAGCCAGAGGCCGAGGAGCCCUUCCUGUCCCAUGCCAGCUCUCUGCUGUCCCUGCAUGUGGACCUGGGGCCUUCUAUCCUGGAUGACGUCCUCCAGAUUAUGGAUCAGGACCUAGGCCGUGUACAGAUCCCCACAUAAGACCCUUGGCUGAUCAGGCAGGUCACCCAGGCUGUGGUGAUGCCUGGAGACAUCUAUGGACAAUGGCCCUAACCUAGGAGUCAGGGUCUCAGGUCACACCUAUGGGUGCUGGCCAGUGACUGUCAUUUUGAGCCUUUGUUUUCCCUACUCUCAAUGGACAGAGUAUAUCUUUGUUUUCAUCUAACAACAUCCACAGGGGACCCAUGCAGAAGUUGCCCUAGAGACUGCUGAGUCUCUUUGGUCAUUUGACCCGCACUGUCAACUGCCCCCUUUCCCUCAGGUCCCUUGUGGGGAAGACUCUGCUAAAAUGGAGCCCGCCUCCUCUCCAACUACCCUCCAUGUCAGCAUCAUUGGGUAUGCUUCCCACCGGUCUGUGUGUGCUGGUCCAUAAAGCAUGCUAUCUCCUGUCUUGUGUCCUGUUCUGUCCCUUCCUCACAUGACCAGGGGAUUCUGGUUGCAAUAAAACGUGCUGCUGCUGUUGGCUGAGCA